AUGAAGUUUAGCACAAUGUUUUACACUGUGUUUGACCUGAAUGGCGUGCUGGAGAAAACAAUGAAAGGAGCGGACAAAGCGAUUGUGGCAAAGUCCUUUGGAAAAUGGAAAAGCAGCUCUCUAAGGUCCAGGACCAUGGAGAAGCCGGAUGAGCCGUCCGAGGAGAGUAAGGAGGAGAGCCUUUCCAACUGCACCUGUGAAGCCCCCCAACUCGGCAAGAAACCAGUUGAUAAUGAAUUACAUGAUCGCCUCCUGAGAGAUAAGAAGUGUGAAAGCAUCAACCAGGGUGGACAGUGUCGGUCUGGCAUCUUACCCCACAGAGCGCUUGGAAAACAACAGUCAAAGAUGGAUUCUGAAGGUGAGGAGCAAACCCUAAAAACAUGUAACAGUAGCACAGGGCUGGCUGACUGCAUCACUGAGACGCACAGCCCAUAUGGGUCCAUGGCGAGGAAGAGGAGUGCUCAGGAAGGGGUGCAGGGCGCCCCCGUCAACAAGAGAAAGUCCCUGCUGAUGAAGCCCCGCCACUACAGUCCCAGCGAGGCAUGUGAAGAGGAGAGCGAGGACCUGGCACCGCCACAGGACAAAGAAGAGCUGAGGAACAUUGACACUCCAGCAGAUGGAAACUUAAAUGCAGUCAAUGGAGUGGCUAACAGAAAUGGCGGCUAUGAUGCAGCAGCAAAGUCCAGCGAUUCACUGGGAUGGUCAGAAGUUACAUCUGACGGCUCUCCACAGUGUGAGCCAGACAUGUCUGAACCCCUGAUGGAUGAAGAUGAGGAGGAGCUCCUUAAUAACGAAGAAGAAGACCAAAGUCAAGACAGGAUGAGCAGUACAUCAUCACCACAGAGUCCAUACAGAGACAUGAGGGAAGCUGAGUGGGAGCCUUUAUCUCUGUCUGCCAAGGUGAACGGCUCAGGCUGCAGUCCCUCCAGAGCCUCUGAAGACCUUUCGGGCAGGAACGGCCACAUUAAAGAAGAACCUCACUCAGAACUAGGUAGUUCAGUGGGUAGAGGGAGUAUUUUUCAGGCUGAGGCUUUAAGAUACAGGCCGCCCGCUGUGGAGGAGGACAGCGACGGGGAGACGGAGGUGGAGAGGCCACCUCGGCUGGACGGCUGGGCGCUGGGCCUCCAUGAGAGAGGCCUUGAAAUGAGUCGAGGGAGGGUGAACCUCAGCCUGUUGGAGCAGGCCAUAGCUCUUCAGACAGAGCAAAGACAGGUCCUGCACCAUGCCUACAGGGAAAUGGACCGGUUCCUCAUGGAGCAGAUGACCAAUGAGAGGAGGCACCAUAGGAUGAUGGACAUGGACAGCAGACUCAACUAUCAUGGAGGAAAAGAUUCUCCACGUACAGAUAAAAAGGAUGUAAAGUGUCCAACCCCUGGCUGCGAUGGUACUGGUCAUGUGACUGGCCUGUACCCACAUCACAGGAGUUUGUCUGGGUGUCCUCAUAAAGUCCGAGUUCCUCCUGAGAUCCUGGCCAUGCAUGAGAACGUCCUCAAGUGCCCUACACCCGGGUGCACAGGAAGAGGCCAUGUCAACAGCAACCGUAGCACCCACCGGAGUCUCUCAGGCUGCCCCAUCGCUGCUGCAGUGAAAGUCUCCAAACCUCAGGAUGAGAGCCUGAAAUGCAGACAAACACCUGACCGCUCACCGAGAGCCCUCGGCCUGAUAAAAAAGUUUGAGAUGAACCAGCUGAACUACAGGCUCUCUCAUCCAGUAGCCGCCUUGCAAACCAGCCUCACAAAAGACAUGGACAAGUACAGCAGAAUCCGCUUUGAUUAUGCCAGCUUUGAUGCACAGGUCUUCGGCAAACAACCUCUGAUGGGAACCAACCAGGACCAGGAAAUGUCACAUUUCCCUGAUUCACCUCAGCAGUAUCCUGGCUUCCUUGGUGCUCCAGGUGGCCGCCUGCCCACCUCUGGUCAGCACAGCCCGCCGAGUCAAUUCAAAAAAGAAGAUGGUCUCCAAGCGGCAGCAGCGACCGCCGCCAUCCUUAACCUCUCCACUCGCUACCGGAAGAACAUGGAGGCUGUUGCCGGCCGGCCCUUGGCAACCUCCACAAAGGACAUGCUUAUAGAAGUGGAUGAAAAUGGCACCUUGGACUUAAGCAUGAAAAAAUGUAAGGAAAACGCAAAAGCCCACAUGAAGGCCCCUUUAGACGAAUCGCUGUCUCCUCCUGAGUCCACUGUGGCCAAAGGCGGGAGUGUGCUCAUCAGCCCCGCCUUCUACCAGCCGCUGUGUGAGAGAGACAGCUGGGAGAGCCCCAUCCCUGUCAACUUCAGCAAAGCACACACUUUACAGGACAAAGAGGAGGAUUAUGAUCAGGUCUCCUUGGAGGACCAGCACUAUCAAGGAGACAGCAGCAUGAUAAGCCCCAAAACCAAGCUGCUAUUACGAGAUUCAAAGAAAGAGCUUUUGAGCUGUCCGACCCCAGGCUGUGACGGCAGUGGCCACGUGACGGGGAAUUAUGCAUCACAUCGGAGUGUGUCUGGAUGUCCCCUGGCUGACAAAACACUCAAAUCACUGAUGGCAGCCAACUCUCAGGAACUAAAGUGCCCAACACCUGGUUGUGAUGGAUCUGGACAUGUGACUGGGAACUAUGCUUCGCACAGAAGCUUGUCAGGAUGUCCACGUGCCAGAAAGGGAGGUUUGAAGCUCACACCAAACAAGGAUGACAAAGAUGAGCAAGAGCUUAAGUGUCCAGUUAUUGGAUGUGAUGGACAGGGCCAUAUAUCGGGAAAAUACACGUCCCACCGCAGUGCAGGCAGUUGUCCACUUGCUGCCAAAAGACAGAAGGAGUCGUCCAUCAAUGGGCUGCCCUUUGCCUGGAAGGCCAAUAAACAGGAACUGCCCCAUUGUCCCUUGCCUGGCUGCAAUGGCCUUGGACAUGCCAAUAAUGUGUUUGCCACUCACAGAAGCUUGUCGGGUUGCCCACUGAACGCGCAGAGCAUCAAGAAAAAGCACUCAGAAGAAGAAAUGAUGACUAUCAAACUGAAAGCCAGCAGUGGUGUUGAAAACAAAGAAGACAUUCAACAUUUGGAUCAUGAGAUAAAAGAACUGAAUGAAUCCAACAUGAAGAUAGAAGCAGACAUGAUGCAACUUCAAACCCAGCAGAUCUCGUCUAUGGAAUGUAACCUGAAGACAAUUGAAGAGGAGAACAAGAUGAUCGAACAGCACAACGACAGCCUUCUGAAGGAGCUCGCUUGCCUUAGCCAAGCUCUCAUUAACAGUCUAACAGACAUUCAGCUGCCUCAAAUGGGACCCAUCAGUGAGCAUAAUUUUGAAGCCUAUGUGAACACAUUAACUGAUAUGUACAACAACUCGGAGCAUGAAUACUCUCCAGAGUGCAAGGCCCUCUUGGAUAAUAUCAAACAGGCUAUUAAGGGCAUCCAUGUUUAAGCUGUAGAGCUACCAAGAGGUUUCUUUGACUUGGGAUAAUGGCACUAGAUAGCUCUAUUUUACUGAAGAGUGCUGGCUUGGCUGCAUGUAUAAGACAAGGCUUUGGGAAAUGUGUUUGGCAUUUCCAGGUAAAUACACUGCACUGAGAAAAUUACCAGCCGGAUUUGUAAUGCUUUUACUGUUUCUGCAUUCACUUGAUAUGUUUAUCCUGGUGAGAUUUUUACCCCUCUUGCACUUAAUUAUUUUGUAUGGUUUGCUUGAUUUUAAUCUGUAUGUGUUCAUGUCAUUCUUAUAUUAUCGCUAUUUAUUAUUAUAUUUGUUCAUCAGUGUAUUUAUUUCCUUGAUUUUUAUUUAUUUCUUGAAUUGUAAAUGCUUAAUAUCUGAGAAAUCUGUUUGACUUUCUGCACAUUGUAAAUUACAUAGAAGCACAUUCCAAUUUCAUGGCAUACUUUCGCCAUCUAGUGUUGAAAAACCUAUAUUAUUAGACCAUAAGUUGGAUCUCCCUUCAAAGUAAAAAUCUACCAAAAUAACUAAGCAUCAAUAUUUUUAAGCAUUGCUUUUGCUUUCUUUAUUGGAAUCUGAAUGUAUGGUAAGACAUAGUGAACAGUGAGAUAAAAAAAAAUGCAAUGCAACUGUACUGUACCUUUUUCUUCUCAACCAAUAACAGUUGAAUGCAACCAGGAGGUGACACUGAGCAAGAAUGCAACAUCACUCGGUGAACUGAAUGUCAAAUUUUGCUUUGCAUAGCGUGCCAGAAGAAGAGUGCAACAAAAAUCAAAAAUCCACUUUGUCGAGAUGUCUUUCUUUAUAUAGAUAUUAAACUGCCUUCUGUGCACACACUUUGGAGUGUGCAUAUAGUAUGUGCCUAAAUGUAUAUGAAUCCAUAAAAAUAUACGAGUACUAUGUUUUGUGGUAGGACAGUAUUAUGUGGAUGGUGUCUAAUUUAUUAUACAGUACAAUUAUUUUCAUAGGAGGAAACGUUCCUGAUGACUGUUGAAAUACCGUUGUUUCAGUA